GUGAGCUGCAUGCAGUUUGACAGUGUGACCGAGCAGCUGAAUAACAUGCUGCAGGAGCUGCUCAGUAAGAUCAGUGGUCAGGAGCAGGACUGGAACGAGAUCAUGGAGAAGAUCUCCACAGAAAUGGACUUCAAGUUGAACCGGAUUGAGCUGGACCCUCUGAAGAAACAGCUGGAUGAUCACUGGAGGAGCAUCCACAAGCAGCUGCAGACACCUCCAGCACCUGAGCAGGAUGACGCCGCAGGACUCAGGAAGCAAUUAAUGGCCCACUUUCACUGCAUCUCCUGCGAUCGGCCAGUGGAUAUGAUGACACCAGGACAGAAUUUGGUUACUCUGCCCUCUGCCCCAGGACUGCCCACUCACAAGUCCAACCGGCCUUACACUGUGUACAAGCUGGAGCAGGUGAGACAGCACUCUAGGAGUGAGCGGAUCCCAGAAAUGACCAAUUACAGUUAUCUGGCCCGUAGCUGUGGGGGUAGUCAUACCCUCACCUACCCCCACCACCACUACUCCCACCUCAUCACCCACCUGAUCCAGGCUGAAGAGGAGAGCCAGUCCAUGUCCUCUGGACCACCCAUACAGGUCUACAAGGGCCGGAUGAGCAGCAGAGCAGUCAGUACCACAGAGUCCAGACUACCCACCAUCUCUCCGAGACAAGCUUCCAGUAGCUCAGUCCAAGAGUGGCCCAUGUCCUCCAUGGACUGUCUGUCCCCGGGCAUCACGCUCCAGUCCUCAUUCCAUGACACCACCACCGAGCCCAAACAAGGACUGGCGCUCCACAAAGACCUCAGCCAAUCAGAGGACAAGCCGGUGACAUCACUGUAGACCUCGUCAAAUAGCAGCUGCUCCAUUGUUUGAAUAGAUCAUUUACAGCAGUGGGAGGUGUGAGCUCUGUUUGUGUACAGAGGGGAUUGUGAACAUGUGGCUUUGAAAUAAAUAUACAGU